AAACAUGUUGGUUAUUAUGAAAAGCUUCCUUCCCCAUCAUUUAUUCAUGAAACUAAUGCUGAAGAACCCUCUUCUGGACGUUCACCUCAACCAAUCUCCGAAACACAACAAAAAGAGAUUGAAUUAAUUAAAGUUGUGAGGCCAAAAAUAAAAGAAGAGGAAGAAGAAGAAAAAUCCUUUGAACACCCAAGCCUUUGUCUGGGUGAUUUUAUUGAAGAAGGAAAAAAGAAAGAGAAGAGGAAGAAGAAAAAAGUAAAGAAAGGGAAAGGAAAAGGGGAGGAAGAAA